UAAUCCGAGCUUCAGUACGCAAAACCGGCCGCGGCGAACGGCAGUCGGUCCUAUUUUACUAUCUCGCCGUUGCUUCAACAGUAUUUUAGAAGGCUGCAUCGGCCGAGUAGCAGCCUUUUGCGCGAAAUAGAAUCGGCGAAUCCGAAUAAUACCCAAUCCGAACUGUAAUCAAUUCCUGCACCACAUCAAUUAAAAAAUCUUAAAAAAAUAAAAGGCUAUCACUUUUUGGCGGUUUCUAAACUUUUUCACCAUUCUAAAAUCCGACUUGUUUGAAAUGUAUCUAUUUAACACAAGAUAGUACGCAACUAAAGCGCCAGCAAUAAAAUCGGUUAAUACAAUUUUGACAGUUCUAUGAGUAGAUGAAAAUAUUUACUUUCGUGACGUGACUUUGGAAAACUUAACUUUUGUUUUAGUUAUUCUUAUCCUAUUGAAAUUACUAAGAAGUGUAAAAACGUAAUUAGGUGAACAAAAUAAAUGUAGUGAAUUGGAUACGAAGGGAUUUCAACUGACAUUUUCUAAAAUACAGAUUGAAAAAUGGAUCAUUUAUGGAACAGAGCAUUAGAAAACUUAGAAAAACACUUUAAUUUCAAUUAUUAUGUACUACAAUAACAUACAAUUCAUUAUGUAAUUAAAAAUAUAUAAUUUAUGUAAUUUUAGAAUUCUAUAAUUUAAGGCCAGUAUUAGAUUAAUUUUUUUUUUAUUAAAUAAUAAUGUUUGUUGUGCAUCGAGCUUACAAGCCCGCAAUACAUCUACUGGAGAUAUUAUUUUUUAACAAGACACCAUUGUGGUGACACGAAGGCCCUUGAUGGUGUCGAUGGAUGAGAGGGAAGGCGCUAGGCGCCGGGGAGGUGCUGUGCUGCCUGCAACUGUCGAGGCUUGCGGGCCUCCGAUUCAGCUGGAGCCAGUCGACCUAAGUUUGAAACGCCCACCGACGCCACGGCGACGUCUGCGUGCUAUCAGCACGAUUCCCACAUCGUCAAAGUUAGUCAAAGAAACUGAAUGUACUUCCACGCAAUUAUUAUUCCAGUCCAGCCAUCAGGUGCCGAAAAUUAAACUAGGGCCAGAUCUCCGCAGUGCAAGGAAACCAAAACCACAUCAGCAGAAAUUCAAACAACCAACACAACAGCCGAUUCCGCAAACACCACACGAUCUACCCCACAAGCAGUUCCUAUCGCCUCUCAUACCCUUCCCCGUAGCGCACAAGCCCACAGAAGCGGACCUGAAGAAUUUUCUCCUAAACACGGCACUACAGAACGCUCUAACAGGCUCUCUAAGCCAAUUAACACAACGGAAAACAUUCACGAAGCCAGCUGAAAAUGAAAAUAUUGAAGUUAACAAUGAACAGAAUAGACGCCGUCUCCAUAAAUGCGACGUGGCCGGGUGCCAUAAAGUAUAUACGAAGAGUUCGCAUUUGAAGGCGCACAAACGAACGCAUACAGGCGAGAAGCCCUACUCGUGUGCGUGGGCGGGCUGUGAGUGGCGUUUCGCCCGCUCAGAUGAGUUGACUCGCCACACCCGGAAGCACACUGGCCAUCGACCUUUUACCUGCCCGCUGUGUCGACGGUCUUUCGCCAGGUCUGACCAUCUUGGGCUGCAUAUGAGACGACAUUAGUUGUUAUAACACUAGCUCUAGUACUACCUGAGAAAUAGGAUGUGCGAAUUUAAGUCUUAAACUUUUAAGGUCUUUUGGUUCAAUUUAGGAUUCUGUACCUGUGAAGUUUACUUGUAUGUGUAAAGUAUUUUGCAAACGAAAAAUAUUUGUAAAGGAUAAAUAUGCAAAUUUAACUCUUAUAUGUUUAAAAGUUUUAGGUUCUUUUUAUUUUGACAACAUAGUGUGAUAAUGUCUCACUAUCUAUCUAUGAAAAGAGCAUUUCCCGAAUGCGAAAUAUAAAAAAUUAUAAAAGAAGUAUAUAACGUAUUCGUGAUUUUGAAUUACUCAGGACUUACAAUAAUGAUAUUAUCUCAUUGUACUCGCAAGAUAUAUUCUACUCCCAUUCCCAUUAUUCUCCAUUAGCUGUCGUCCUCUCUAUUCAAUAAAUUUUAGUGUAUUUCAUACAUAUUAUUAUUAUGAAACUAUGAAUCUCCAUUAUUACCACACGCUUUUUGUACAUGACUUCUCUUUUGUAGUAUUUUAAUUUAAAGAUAUUACAAUUAAUUUGCUUGAGAAUACAAUUUCAAUUUUAAGCACCAUUCACACAGUCCCAGAUCAAAGUUUUCUGAGCCCUGACCAUCAGAGCUUAAUAAUCCGUCAAGGACAUUCUGUUUGUUACCAAUGUUCGCACAUCAUUAAAAUUUUGUACUCGUGUAUUGAAAAAUUAAUGAUUAAUGCAAAUUUAUCUGUAUUUAUCAUCAAAUAAGAAUAAGUGUUCAUUAUCGUCACUAAUGCGCAAAUAACAUAGACACUUACGGUAAAACAACGUCCCUUAAAUAUUAGUGUUGUCUUUAUAAUGCAGUCAAUCGUUGAGAAUAAAUCAUUAUCUUUUUGAUUAAUCGUAUUUAUGGACCACAUUGUCUUUGUGUUCGCUCAGUAUAGUGUGGUCACAUGUGCUAUAAUAAAAUGUACAUAUACAUAUGUGUGUGAGUGUGAAGAAGUUUAUAUAAAAUGUACGCAUGCAAUUUUUUUCCUGUCCCUGACGGAAAUCUAAGAGGUGUGUGAACAGUACUUUACUCACCAGUCCUGUGAAUUGAUUUAUAUCACUGUUUUAUAUUGAAACUUUAAGGAUCAAUAUAUUGCAAUUGUAAUUGAAAUUCAUGCUUUAUACCAUACACAUAUAGCAUAAUCAGGUGGAUUUACAAAUUGUGCGAAUUUAUUACUGGAAUUUGAAUCUCAAGUAACUCUUAUUUUGUGCUCUCAAAUAAUCCCUUUUAUGUUGUGUUGUGUGUUUAUUUAGUAACGUUAUCCAACCUAAAUUUCUCUAAUUUGUGUUAUUAUUAAACUUAAGGUCAUGUAGUAGUAAUUAUUGGGAGAUUACAAAAACUUGAAUCUCAAAUGGAUAUCUGUAGCUUUCUACAUGUGUCUAUAAUUUUUUUUUUGUUACAAUAAUAGAAUGGCAACGUGAUUUUUAAUAUCGAUAUACACUGGUGGAGCACCGCAGUUAAUGGGGCCGCUAAUCCUCAUUACUAUCAAAAGUCAUACUAUAAUUGUAAUGUUACAUUUUUUUUUUGACGUUACACUUAAAGGCCAGUAUUUUAGGAUUAAUCUUCCGGAACUUCACUGAAUCCUGAAUAGCCAAUAUUUAUACCAUUUUCCACAUAAAGCUAUCUGUUUCAGCAAUUCAACUUGCGUUACGUUUAAUAUAUAAUGUAAUAUUACGUUUAUAAAGCCAGUAUAUUAGAUUUACUCUUUCUUACGCACUACUGAAAAUCUUUAGUGUUCCUUUUAUUGUCUACAUCGCUAUUUUAGUAACAUUACCUAGCAUUAUUAACUUAAGGGCCAGUAUAUAUAAAACAUUUAUUAAUAUAAUUAUACGUAGAAUUACAUUCAAGUGUGUAUUAAUUUAAAAUCUAUUAUAGAAAACGUAUUUUUUGAGGUGUUUAAAGUGUACUUAAUAUAAUUUUAAAUCAUGUUAUUAAUUAAUGAAGAAUCUAGUUGUCAACGUUAGUAAUAUGUAAGAAAAUAGUUAUAAGAGAAGAUUUCGAAAAUGGCGCGCGUGCAUGGGAUAAGACUAUAAAAUAUUAUAUUAUAAAAUCUUAAUAAUAUAAUAAAAUUGUAACGUCUGUACAUGGAAAACGUUUAUGAAAACAAUAUGUGAGCGGUCUUAAUGAAAGCAAUAAAAGUCGAAACAAUAAUUAUUAGACAUUUUCUUUGUAUGAAUAUUAAUUUCGACUUUACGCAAAAACUACAGCGCACACAGUUGAAUGGGGUUUUCACUGUUGUGUUCCUGAAAGUCUAACUUAUCUUGAUACGCCAUCUAUAAUUGGUAUAUUUAAGCAAUUUUACUACUUCUUAAAUUCACGCGUACAAAGUUGCGGAUAGAAAGCUAGUAUUCUAUAGAAAGACUGCAAAAAUUUGGAAUGGUCUUUUUUAUUUUUAUUUUUUUUGCAAGAAAAGAUGUUUUAGGUAUACUUUGUUAAGGAUUAUGAAAUAACGUAUUAUAAAUUCUUACUGAUAAAGAUUCUGUUCAGACCAACGCAAUUCUUAUUACAUACAUAUUUUUACUUUGUCAUUUUUUUUUCGCAUCCCGUAAAGCUAUAAAGGUCAUCUUCGGCCAACAGCAUGUACGGUUAGAAAAAAAAACAACUUAUUAUUUUUAUUUACAUAAUAUAAUGUAGUUGUUCAAUUAUUAUUAUUUUUUUAUAGAAUUUAGUGUAAGAGUGAAUUGUGUAAUUACGUAUACGUUAUAUUUAAUAUACGAUACCUUUGUAUAGUCUAAGAUUAUGAGUAUGUAUAAUUAUAAAAAUGCUCAAACACGAAUGUUCCACAAUGUGUAAAAUUUAGUAAUUAUACAGGGCAAUUACGGCAAUAUUAGUAUAAAAAAAAAAAUUAUUUCCUAUUAAAAAAGAAAUAUUAUAAAUAUAGGAGAUAUACAUUUAUUGUUUUGUUUCAAAUGUUUAUAAGAUAUUGGGUAGUAUGGCAAAGUUUAUUAUUAUUAUAUUAUUAUGAAAUAUAUAAUAAUUAGUUAUACACUAGUUUUAGGCUAAAGUUAAACUGAAAGUAAUUUUGGGGCCAGUAUUUUUGAAAUUACAUAGUAGAAAUAGAAAUAGAAUUAUUUAAAAAUAUCUAUAGUAGUGUUUAUUUCUCUCUGAAAAAAAUUGUAAGAAAUUAUAGAAAAAUAAUUAGUAAAAAUUAUGUAAUUAUUGAUCUCAAAUUGGGUAUUCCUUAUUUUUUUCCUGUUUAAUUUGUGAGUGUUGAUCUCAAAUGAAUUUACAAUAUACUUUUACUUAUUGUGGUAAAUUAACAAACUGUGUAUUUGUAAACUAACAAUAGAGUGAUAUUUUGACAUUCGUCAUAAUUUUAACUUAUCUUUCGUUUCGUGCGCAAUAUAUUAUAUUUUUAAUGAAGCUGUUAUAUUUUUCUGGUGAAUUAAUAAAAUUUAAUUAUAUCUUCGAUCUGAAAUUUCGUUUACUUCUUAGAUAACAAAAAGUUCAGUUUUUAUUUAUUUAUAAUUCUAUACAAAUAAUGAUUUUAAAAAGAGAAUUAAUACAAGUGAGAAGUGAAACUAAUAACAUCAGGAAUGAAAUAGUCUGCUUAUAUUAAGCAAGUUAACAUAGCGCUUAUGUUUACACCGCUAAUGGUUGAGAAAUAAAUUUUGCCUGCCCUGAUCUGAGAUUGUAGUGUAUUUUUCAUUUUAAACCAGUUGAUCUGACAGAUAUCCUUCAAAAAUAUUUGAUGUGGCAAUUGGGAACUAUUUAGAAAAAAAUAAGGGCUUUUAUAUUUUUAGGCAGUUUAUUUCUUAUUAAAAAUUUCGUAAGCACACAUUAUAUUUUAAUGUAAUAACUACCGGUUUAACUUACGUGUAAUUAGAUCAAGAAAGCUCGACUAGCUAGUAGAAGCGUGCAAUCAGGCUCGCGCUCGCAUCACAGCCGCUCAUGAAUAAGGAUCACGAAAUAAUCUCGAAACUAGUCGAGCUUUUUCGGUCUAAAUUUUGUUCUCGAAUUUUGCGCUUAGCAACACAUGUAACGGUUCAUUUUUAUUUUAAUGUAAAUUUAUGUACAAUUUGGUAUCUAUAAAAUACAACAAUAUUUAUCAAUAAGGAAAAUAAAAACAUGAAUUCUGAUUGAAAAAUAUCACUCAGCAAACAAAAGUAGUACUUAUGUCAUAAUGUAUUAUAUUAUACUUAAAUAACAGUAAUUACUUAUCUCGCAUUUUACCGGCCAGUAAAAGAAAAUGCAAUUUUAAUAUAGAUUCCUAAUUUUUUUAUUUCUUUUUUAUUGUAAUAAUAAGUUUAAUUUUUGUGAGGUGUUUGUCUAUAAUAAUAAAUAAAAAAUGUGUUAUAUAGUAGGUAUAUUGUAUAGAAAUUUUAUCCACUGUCUGAUUAUAAGUGUGGUCGCAAAAUGUGAUUUUUAUUAAUUAAAAAAAUAAUAUCAUUAUUUUUAUAUAUUGCAACAUAUGGUGCUGGUCAAGUGGUACUUUUAUAUAAAAAUAUACAUGUAUUUAAAAAAUAUUGUUUACGUUUCUAUUUAUUUAGAAAAUGUUUUUCUUUUAAAUUUUAAAAAUAUAAGUUUAGGGAUUGAAGGGCGCUGAAGAUUUGAGACGUCUCCUGUUUAAUUUAUUCAGUCAAAUUAUAAAAAAAGGAACGAUUUUACAUAUUUCCAUUGGGUAAAGUUGCUGAAUUAUGUUGAAGACGUAAUCAGAUAUUACCAAUCAUAAGAUGGUACCCUUUUAAAAUGAAUUAAUUAAAUGUCAACAUUGUUUAACCAUUAUAAAUUCAAUUACAAAUGGAUUUACCAUUUGUAAUAAAAAGACAUAUUUUUUAAGUCUGAAUGUCGCCCAGAUUCCAGACUCAUGAAACUUUAAAACGUCACAAUUGCUUAACAUUGUUAUCAGCCUUAACACUGUUUUAUGAACUAUAAUUUGAAAAAUUCUCAAUAGUUUUGUAUAUAUAAAUUUAUAUUCUUAUAUAAAUCGUUUAUAGUCACAUAUGUACCUACCUAUAUUUUAUGUUUAAUAAAAAUAA